AUGGUCCCAAUGCAAACCCUAAUUUGGAGGCCUGGUGCAAUUAACCUUUGCCUUCUGAAGAGUCGUCGGUCAUCCACUCCGUUCACUUUUUCCUUCCAACUCCGGGCAUUCUCUUCUUCGUCCUCAGAUUACACCAAUCAGUCUCGUGGGGGUCUUCCCCGCUUCCACUCUGAUACGCUCCCUACCUCCAAGGGUGGUGUGGUGCGUGUGCAAGGUGAUGAGUUCUGGCAUAUGACGAAGGUCCUGAGAUUAAACACCAACGAUAGGGUAGAACUCUUCAAUGGAAAAGGAGGUCUCGUUGAAGGAUUCAUACAGAACAUUGAUCGUGCUGGAGCUGAUUUUGUGGCUCUGGAGAAUGCAAAGUUAGUUCCUCCCAUGGCCACUCAGUGGCAUGUGUAUGCUGCUUUUGGAACUUUGAAAGGAGGCCGGGUUGAUUGGCUUGUGGAGAAAUGCACAGAGUUGGGAGCUAGUAGUGUGACACCUUUGUUGACUGAACGUGCUCGUUCCAUUUCAGACAACCGAUUUGACAGAUUGGAACGUGUCAUUUUUGCUGCAUCUAAACAAUGUCAGCGACUGCAUGAAAUGACUUUGAGACCUCCUCUAAAGAUCAGUGGACUUCUGCCUCUUGUUGCUCAGACAAAACUGUCUUUCAUUGCUGUUGCGGAGGCUACUCCUGUUUUCAGUGUUUUAAGUUCAUUGGAGAAAGAAUCAUCUGGUUUGAUGAUAAUUGGACCUGAAGGAGACUUCACUGAGAAAGAGUUGAGGAUGAUCAUGGAAGUAGGUGCAACAGCAGUUGGUCUUGGACCACAUCGGUUACGGGUUGAAACUGCUACAAUUACCUUUUUGUCAACUUUAAUGUUGUGGUCCAACUCUGAGGAAACACUGUAAAAUGAUUCACUGCCAGGAGAGGCAAUUUUUGAGAUUGUUGCCAGUGUGUAUCUAAAAUGCUGCAUCGACACAAUGUGCUGAAUGUGAGUGUCAGUUCUCAGUAGUACAGGACUAUAGGUACCUCAGUUGCAACUUGCAACGUCAUUGCCCAUCCCCCAAGCGCAAGGUCUCAGUAGUACUGGUCAAAAUGCCGCUUUCUUUGGAUUUUGAGUUAUCAGCUACCGAACUUAAUUAGUUGUUUGAUUAAAUUGUUGUUUAAUUUGACUUUUGUGCAAAUCCACUCUGAGGGUUGAUUAUGAUAUGACUUCUAUGAUAGUGCUCUUCUUCGUGGUGCAUUGACUGUAUUCCGACUACUACAGGUUUUCCUAUUUUAGGCUCAAAGAAUAUAUUCAGUAAAAGGCUAAUGUCAUUUUCCAGAUGUAAGAUUUGAAAUUGGGAAUGGUUGAUUCUGAGUUCUGACGUUUGAGAAAGACCAGGUUAUUCUUUGCCGUUGAAUAUUGACUUGGCUGGCAGAUUAAUCUACGCUAAAUUGAUCGAAUACCUACAACUACAUUAAGAACCCUAGAAUAUGAAUCUGGGGAGGUUUAUCUCAGUUUACUGCAUCUGAGGCAGGUACCAGGCUCCCUAUUUCCUUAGUUGUUCCUUGUCAAAAGUCCAAAUAUUUUUUUAUCCAAAGAAAAAAAAAAAAGUCCAAAAUUUUGACGAGAGAAACAUCAUUUUUGGAUGUUUGGUUGUCCUUUUUUCUUUCCCUUGCUUUUUUAAACUGAAAGAAAAUAUCGAUUAGUUGUUACUUCCUGUCCCAAAAUUAUUAUCUUAAUAAGGUGAAACAAAUUAGUGGUAGCAUUUGAUUUUUCAAGGCUCUAUCAUUCUUGGAUGUGUCUUAGCCGAAGCAUCUCCGGGCCAAUCUAAACAGCUGAAAAUGGAGAAUUUUCUUUUACCAAUAGUCCCGACAAGAACAUACGCCACCUUGAAAGUGAUGAAAACGAGUAGCAUCUCUUAAAAUGAUUUCUCUAUUUACAAGUUUGGAUAUGAAUUUAAUAGCAGAAUGACAAUCAUUACAAACUCUCAAGUUCUUCAUGAUCCUUAAUGUGGCAUUCUCUGGAGUAUUUAACAGGCCAAAUGCAAUAGCAAGCUUCUCACUGUGAUGUUUGAGAAUCUGUUCUUUUAACUCGGGGUCAAGGUCAUGAAGAACGGAAUCUGUAUCCGGGAUAUAGCCCAUUUUCUUAAUCUCCUUCCAUAUCUUUUCCAUCAACUGGUAAAUUGCAUCUCUCUGUGGAUGAAGGCCGUCUUCCACGCCAAAUGCGUGAACUUCAUUUUUUAUCUGUAUCCAACUGAAACCUUGUUCUUUCUUAACCUGCUUAAGCUUCAUCGACUUUCUGACUCCAGCAGCUUCUCGCCAUCUCCCACAAGCAGAAUAAGCAUUCGCCAGGGCUGAGUAGGCCCCACCAUUGUCUGGAUCGAUCUUCAGAAGAUUUUCAGCUGCUACUUUUGCUAGUUCUGCAUUCUUGUGAAUCUUGCAAGCAGCUAAAAGUGAACCCCAAGCUAUUGCAUCUGGUUCGACUGGCAUUUUUUCAAUGAACUCCAGAGCUUCAUGUAGCAAUCCAGCACGUCCCAGAAGGUCAAUCAUGCAAGCACAGUGACUCGAGGUGGGUACAAUGUCAUGUACUUCUUGCAUCAUUUUGUAGUAUCUACGACCAUCUUCAACCAACCCCGCAUGUGUGCAGGCAGAAAAGACACCGACAUAAGUUAUAUGGUCUGGCUUACUAUCGCAUUCAAGCAUAUUUUCAAAUAGAUGAAUGGCUUCUUUUGCCAAUCCAUGUUGAGCUAAUGCUAUGAUCAUGGACGUCCAAGAGAUCGCAUCCUUUCUCUGAUGUGAUAGAGAAAAUAUUUUCUUGGCAUAAAGAAUGUUACCAGCUUUUGCAUACAUGUUAAUCAACGCAUUGUCCAACGAAGCAGGUGAUGCUUCCAAAAUUCUGAUGGCCACUGCAUGUAUUUGUUUGCCAUGAUUUAGAGAAGCCAAGCUUGAGAUUGAGCUCAAGAUGGCCGCUAGAGUGUAACUAUUAGGUUUUUCACCAUCUCUGAUCAUCAUCAAUCUGAAAAGAGCCAUUGCUUCAUUAUGGGAUCCAUUCUGCACAUAACCAACUAGCAUUGCUGUCCAAACAACCACAUCACGCUCAGCAAGUGAAUCGAAGAUUUGUCUUGCUGGAUUGAUGUCUCCAAGCUUGACAUAUCCAUCAAGUAGUGCUGUGAAUGCUAUAACGUUCAAAUUGGAUCUUCCAGUUUGAAUAACAAUUCUAUGAGCAUUUUCAACACAUCCACAUCUGGAGUACAUGCAGAUUAAAGCAUUUCCAACAGCCCCAGAAGUAUUAAAACUGGUUCUAACAAUGUGCCCAUGAAUUUGCCUACCCACACUGACAUUCUUAGUGCUUGCACAAGCUGACAGAGCACUAGCAAGAGCGUACCUGUCAGGUAUUAUUUUGGUGUCCUUGAGCAUAGUUGAGAAAAUCUCGAGAGCUUUGACAUCAAAUCCAUGCUGAUUGCAUCCAGUGAUUAAUAAGUUCCAGGAAACAAUAUCCCUUUCUUUCAUCUGCUCAAACAGGGUCAGUGCGAGAUCAACCUCACCACUCUGCAUAUGCAAGGAAAUCAUCCCAUUCCAGCUCGAGACAUCCUUUAACGGGAUGCUCUCGAAGACCAUCUUCGCAGCAUUUGCACUCCUGGACUUUGCAUACAUAUUUAACAACGAAUUGGCAACAGCGACAUUGUCAACGAACCCAAGUUUGAUUACAAAAGAAUGCACCAUUUUACCGACAUCCAACUCUCUAAUUGCCCCACAAGAUCCAAGAACAUUAGUAAAAGUAUACUGGUUAGGCAGAACUUGCGACGACACCAUCUUAGAAAACAAUCUGAGAGCAUCAUCCCAGAAUCCGGACCGGUUAUAACUCACUAUCAUUGUCGUCCAUGAAACAGAAUCACGAUCGGGCAUCUUAUUGAAGAAGGAAACCGCUUCAGAAAUCAUUCCCCCUCUGGUAUAUGCAGAUAAAAUAGUGUUCCAAGAAGAUAUGUUCUUAACAGGCAAUUCAUCGAACACCUUACUCGCAUCAGAAGUAUACCCGAGUUUGGCAUAGACAUUGAUGAGAUUAUUCACGACAAAAAGACCUAAAUGGAGACCAGACUUGAUGAUCUGAGCAUGAAUUGAUUUAGUGCUAAAAGGGUCUUUGAUUUUGAGACUUGUUUGAAGGAGGGAUAUGUAGUGAUGUGACUCGGCAACUCCACAAAUAACUCUGUCCCCGGCGUUCGCCAUGUGAGACACCGGAUGGUGAGAAGAAAGGACCGAGCGAGACCUUUAGAGGUUUAGUCUGACGCCUGGUCCUUGGGCCACCGUCACCAGUCGGAGCUGAAGCUUCGCGGUGAACGGUGAAGAGUAAAGACUCGACUGUCAGAACCGGGGUGACUUCUAGAAGUUUUUCUGUUCAGUCAAUUUGUUUGUGCCGGGAAAAUCAAA